AUGUUUGUCUACUCUAAAUCCACCCUCUUCCGAUUGCCUGUAAUCACCCACUUUCUGCAUUUCAACAUGGGAACCUGGUUCCUCAUCCUCAUUUCUACCUUUCUAUCCCUCUCCAUCUCCGUCCUCCUCAAAUUCAUUUUCAGGCGCCUGUGCUUUAUCAACAAGAACCCCCCUCACCACAAACUUCCUCCAGGUCCCCAGCCCUUUCCAAUAAUCAGCAGCUUCCUAUGGCUCCGGAUGUCUUCCUCUAAUAUGCUGUCAAACCUCAAAUCCCUUCAUGCCAAGUUAGGCCCAAUUGUAACCAUCUACUUUGGCACUCGCCCUACCAUCUUUAUAGCUGACCGUUCCCUCGCUCAUAAGGCCUUAAUCCAAAAUGGUGCCAUUUUUUCUGACCGUCCACCAACUUCUGCUACUACAAGUAUUGUUAGUAGAAUUGUUGGUCUUUCUUUCUAUGGCCCGACUUGGCGUCUCCUACGGCGUAACCUUACAGAAAAUAUGCUCAACCCUUCCUGUGUGAAAUCUUACUCUCAUUCGCGCUGGAGGGUGCUGCAGAUCCUUAAGAAUCGCCUCGAGUCUCAGGCUGAAUCUGGUUAUCCAGUUGUUGUUAGGGAUCACUUUCAAUAUGCCAUGUUUUGUCUUUUGUGCAUAAUGUGUUAUGGUGAUAACGUUGAUGAAAUUCAGAUAAAAGUAAUCAAGGAGGUUCAGGAACGAACGUUGUGUAAUUCCCACAAGUUUGAUAUACUCAAUUUCUGGCCAACGCUGACCAAGAUCUUGCUGCGUAGACGUUGGAAGGAAUUCUUGCAGCUCCAUAAAAACCGACAGGAUGCAUCAAUUCCACUUAGACGAGCAAGAAAAAAGUUGCGAGAGGAGAGAACAAGCAAAAGUAGUAAAAGCACCAAAGAAUAUGAGCAUGUUGUAUCCUAUAUUGAUACAUUAUUGGCUCUGGAAUUUCCUGACGAGAAAAGAAAACUAAAUGAGGAUGAAAUUGCUAAUUUAUGCCACGAAUUUCUUAUUGCAGGAACUCGUACUACUUCAACUGCCCUGGAAUGGAUCAUGGCUAAUUUGGUUAAGUACCCACAAAUACAAGAAAAGUUAUUCAUGGAGAUUAAAGGGGUUGUGGGAAAUGGAAACGAAGAGAUACAAGAAGGGGAUGUGCAAAAGAUGUCAUAUUUGAAAGCGGUGAUAUUGGAAGGCCUGAGGAGGCAUCCUCCUGAACAUUUUGUGGUACCACAUGCAGUGACCAAAGAUGUUGUUUUGGAUGAAUAUUUGAUACCCAAGAACGCAAGCAUAAAUUUUAUGGUUGCUGAGAUGGGGUUGGAUCCAAAGGUAUGGGAGGAUCCUAUGGCAUUCAAGCCUGAUAGGAUUUUGAAAAUUGGAAGCCAAGAACUUGAUAUUACAGGCAGUAGAGAGAUUAAAAUGAUGCCAUUUGGCGCAGGGAGGAGAAUUUGUCCUGCUUACCGUUUAGCAAUGCUUCACUUGGAAUAUUUUUUGGCUAAUUUGAUUUGGAAAUACAAGUGGAAGGCUGUAGGUGGAGAUGAUGUUGAUUUGGCUGAGAAGUUAGGGCGUGCAGGGGUACCGAUGAAGAAUCCAUUGCAGGUCAAUAUAUCCCCAAGGUUUUAG